CUCUCUCUCUCUGUGAAUUCCUCGCAUACCGCUUUGUGUGGAAGUGAAUGAGAGGGAAGGAGGGGUGAAGACGCAACUUCUGCCGAUAGAAGGAAACGCUGACUUUUUUAUUUCUCAAACUCUCGGCCUGUUUUCGGCGCCUGUUCACUCUGCUCAGCUGAUUGAGUCUGGAUAUUCUGUGAUUUAUAACAUCUAACGGUAUUGGGACUAAAGAGGCUCAAUUGCCGAUGCGUAGACGGCAACUGUCGCAAUCCGUUAUAUUAAGUUGCAUAAGACAUUUAGGAGAACGCGUAAACUUUUUGAUGGAUAGAUGAGCGUAAUUUAGGAUAAAACGCGCGACGUUUUGGCACCCACCACGCAAAAGACAAACGGAAGGACUACAUAAAUGUUUAGGAGAAUAUUUUAACUAUAGUAGGCUACUUAUUUGCGCUAUUCUUGAAUAUCCGUCUGCCACGUUUGAAGACGUAAACGAAUCGAAACCGUCAAGUUCCUCUAAAGGCUUUUUUUAAAUGCGAACUCUUUAUUUAUCAACCGGUACAUUAGCUCAAACUCGCACAUUAGUAAAUUUGAGCGACUUAAAUGCUGUUGAAGUUAAGCAGAACAACCACAGAAUGCUGGAGUGAAGGCACUGAAGAUGGCAUCGGCGAUUUUUGAGGGCACAUCCCUGGUGAACAUGUUCGUGAAGGAUUGUUGGGUUAACGGGAUCCGCAAGCUCAUCAUUAGAGGAGAGGAAGAGGAGUUCUUUGAAAUAAGGACUGAAUGGUCAGACAGAAACAUUCUUUACCUGCACAGAAGCUCCUCGGAUUUGGGAAGACUUUUACAAAGACUCCUGGAGUGUUUCCCCGAAGACAGGCGAAAUUUGUCAAAGUGUCCUCUGAUAGGGCUUGUGAGGAUUAAAGAAGCAAGAGACAUUGAAACAAAGCUAAAUGAAGUGGAGCGACUGUUGAAAAACACCAUUAACAUGCCCUGGAAGUUUUCUAGGUCAGAGGUUGUCUUAACAUUCUUUGAACGCUCGCCGCUGGAUCAGGUCCUGAGGAAUGACAAUGUCCACAAAAUUCAGCCAUGCUUUCAAAGUCCAGUUAUUUCAGAGAUCAUGAGGUCUAAUGGGUUUUGCCUGGCGAACACUGAGACCAUUGUUUUUGAUGAGAGUGUUCCACUGGACAAAGAGAGACCCUCCUCCACUGACUCAGCCCAGCAUUCGUAUGAUGAGGAUGGGAGAGAAUCUCUGGAUCCUGUGGAUCAAGACCUGAGUGACGAUGAUCCUGAAGCUUAUGUCACUAACCUGUCCUACUACCACCUGGUUCCUUUCGAAACGGACAUCUUGGAGUGAUGCAGACUGUUCCGCAUGGGUGGACAUUUACCGAGGGGCACUGAAACCCCACCUCUACGAUGCAGAUAGCUUGCAUGUAAUUUUUUCCAAGCGAUGGGAUGUGCUGCAAUUUAGAGGCUAAUUCUGAUUGUGUUUAUGCUGUAGUCUGAAUGAAGAGAUCACCACUAGACGCAGAAUCUGUCCAUCAGAUUUGGUGGCCUGAGCCCAAAAUGAUAUUCUAUUCACCAACGUGCCUCAUUAUCCAACCUAGAGUCAUGUUGUAGACAAGAAAAUAUAAUAGGAACUGACAAAAAAAGUUGCUAUUUCUGGUGCACAGAUUGAUGGUGGCCUGAAAGAUUUUAUUUUUUUAUUUUUAUUUAAAGUCCACAGUGUACCAGUGAUUCAUCUUUUUCACCCAGAACCUGCCGGGAAAAUAAUUUUUCUUAUUCAGAAAUAGUCUGUCCGACUUCUAUGAGAAUCAAUCCCUUGGCUUUAGUGUAUGAUUCUGAAGAAGAAGAUUUGCAUAAGGAUUUGUCAAAAUGGAAGGUUGGGAUAGUAAAAGAACUUGGACAUAAAAUGCUGACCAAAUCCUGAAAAAAGGACAUGCAAAAUGAAAACCCAUUUCAACAAACCUUUGAUUUUGUUCAAAAAUCACUGCUUUAUUAAUCGUAACAGCCAUUUUUGCCUUAGUACUAAAUGCAUUUUUGCCUCAGUACUUUGGGGUUAGUUAAAUUAAAUUUGCCAAUGUAUAAAGACAUUUCUGAAGUGAAUUUUAUUAGCUUAUGACCUCUCUUCGACUCACUGAAUAUGGACAGUAACUGAAAUUUCUUCCUUCCUCUUCAACACAAAAGACUUGCAUACAUACUUGGCUCACGGCUCCUACUUACACAAAUAUAGACGCGCACAUGAAUGCACAAACACACGCCUACUUUGUAAUACGUUCAUGUUUUCCUGCUACCCAUGAGACAGUUGAGAUUAUAUGUAUAUAUUUUUGCAAAUUGCAAGUAAUGUUGCUUGGUUUAAUUGUUUUAUUCUUCAGGAUGCAUAUAAUACAUAUUAUCACAGCUUCCGACAGUCAUGGCCAUCAUGCCAUAAAAUUGUGACUUCCUUUUUCAAAUCUAAACCUGGAUGCAUGUGAGCAAAAUGCCAGAGAUAUCACUGAAGUCAUGUUGCACAAAAAACAAACACAAUAGCACAAGAAUAGACUGUGUUUGCAUAAAGUAAAGUAGGCCUACUGUACAUGGACAUGACCAAAUGUCCAUUACAUAUCCAAUACAAAUGAUUUUACAGAGGUUAUUAUUAUUUCCUUUUUGUUCAUUCGAAUUUUAAUGAUUAUUUUAUUUUUGUAAGCAUUGAAAAUAACUAUUUCACUGUUUCACUUUGUACAUACUUUUAUAUGCUAGCAUUUUUGACGGGUCAAGGAAUAAUGUGCACCAUAUCAUCAUGUAUUGCUAUUGAUAUUGCAUACAGAUUUGAAAUGAUAUACAAAAAUUGUGAAUAAUUUAUUAACAUGUUACUAAAGCUUUUGAGUAAAUAAUGAUGAGUUUG